UGAUGAGGCAGCCUAGGAGCGCACAGUCAGAGGAUAAUCGCAGGUGGCGAGGGUUACAAUCUGCCGACAAGAGGCAGCAGAAGCAAGUGUCGAUUUGUAUCCGACCAAACCUUAACCUGUCUCUCCUGGAUCCAGGUUGUUGUUGUUGUUGCUUUUUUUUUUUUUCCCCCCGUCCCCCUGGAUGAUCCACAAUGCGGUCCUCGGCUUGGUUCGUCGCCAGUUGCGCUCUCAUCCUCUGCACGCUCCGGCUAAUUGACGGCGCCAAAGGACAGCGGCAGUGUAGUGAGGCAGACUACUACUAUGAGUACACGGAGUGUGACAGUACAGGAUCUCGGUGGAGAGUGGCCAUCCCGCAGAGAACUGGGGCCUGCACUGGACUACCAGAGCCUGUACGCGGCACUGAGUGUACCUUCUCUUGCCAGGCUGGGGAGUUCCUGGAGAUGUCGGCUCAGGAAUGUACCCAGUGUGCAGCAGGAAGCUACUCCCUCGGCAGCGGUAUCCGUUUCGACCAAUGGGAUUCCAUGCCUGCUGGAUUCAGUAGCCUGGCAACCUCCCUGGAAAACAGCCCCAGCGGAGAUGACAGACUCACCUGCAACAGUUCAUCCUGGGUGCCUCAAGGAAACUACCUGGAGUCCAACAGGGACGAAUGCACAGUCUCACUCAUCUAUGCUGUCCAUCUGAAGAAACAGGGCUCUGUCAUCUUUGAGUACCAAUAUCCAGACAACAACCUGUUGUUUGAGUUCUUUAUCCAGAAUGACCAGUGUCAGGAGAUGGAUCAGUCUACUGAUGCGAAGUGGCUGAAGCUCACCAAUCAUGGUGAAUGGGCGACCCAUACGGUGAACCUGAAAUCUGGCACCAACAUCCUCUACUGGAGGACAGGAGGGGUCUUGAUGGGGACCAAAGUGGUGAAGCCUGUUUUACUGAAAAAUGUCCAAAUAGAGGGAGUCGCCUAUACAUCAGAGUGUUUUCCGUGUAAGCCGGGGACGUUCAGUCGCGUCCCAGGCUCCUCCACAUGUGAACCCUGUCCUCGGGACACCUACUCUGGCCACGGUGCCAGCUCCUGCACCCCCUGUAACACCACCACUCAGUAUGCAGCUGAGGGAUCAGCUGUGUGUAAGGACAGACCUCCAUGUUCCAGGAAGGACUAUUUCCAGAUUCACACAGCAUGUGACCAUGAAGGCAAGACGCAGGUCAUAUAUAAAUGGAUUGAGCCUAAGAUCUGUCUGGAGGGUGUGACUGGAGCUGAGACCUUGCCUCCAAGUGGAGAACGAGAGCCCUGCCCCCCUUGUAACCCUGGUUUCUAUAACAAUGACACAGCCACCUGCUCACCUUGCUCACCUGGGACCUACUCUGAUGGGAUGGAACCAUGUAAGCAGUGUCCAGCAGGCACUGAGCCCACCUUGGGUUAUGAGUAUAAAUGGUGGAAUAUUCUUCCUGCAAACAUGAAGACCUCCUGUUUCAAUGUGGGCAACUCCAAAUGUGACAGUAUGAAUGGCUGGGAGGUGGCUGGUGAUCACAUCCAGAGUGGAGCAGGAAGCUCGGACAAUGAUUACCUCAUCCUCAACAUCCAUGUUCCUGGCUUCAAGCUCCCUACGUCGGUGUCAAGCCAUUCGGGAACAGAAUUUGGUCGCAUCACAUUUGAAUUUGAAACUUUGUGCACAGCUGAUUGUGAGCUCUACUUCAUGAUGGAUGUAAACAGGAAGAGUACCACAGUGGUGGAGUCAUGGGAGAGAACCAAAACAAGACAGACUUACACACACGUCAUGACAAAGAAUGCCUCGGUUUCCUACACUUGGGCUUUCCAGAGGACUAACCAACCUUCAGAUGUACGUCGGAUAGUCAAUGAUGUGGCGCGAAUCUACUCCAUCUCGGUGAGUAACGCCGUGGACGGGGUGUCCUCUGGGUGUCGGGCUUGUGCCCUCAGCACCCAACCAUCCAGUUCUACUUGUGUGCCUUGCCCGCCUGGACAUUACAUAGACACGCGCACCAGCCAGUGCACAGAGUGUCCACGUAACACAUACCUUGUCUCUCACGCCACACCUGGCCCUGAUGCCUGCAAACCCUGUGGACCAGCCAGCAAGAGUGACAAGGACCAUAAUUUUUGUUACAGCGACUGUUACUUCACCCACACAGAGGGCAAUGUCACUCUGACUUUUGACUUCAGCCUCCUUGGGUCUAUUGGAUCACUGAUGAACGGUCCGAGCUUUACUUCCAAAGGAACUAAGUACUUCCACCAGUUCAAUAUCAGCCUGUGUGGAGGACAGGGUCAGCUGGCAGUAUGCACAGACAAUGUAACGGACCUAUCAAUCGCUGACUCCCAGAGAGAGAGAAGUGAAGGAGCCAACGCUGUCAAGACCUUCAUCUGUCAGUCAACAAUAAUCCCAGCUACUGGGCGAGGCUUCCACACAGCACUCUCCUCGCAGUCCAUUAACCUGGCUGACACAUUCCUUGGAGCAACAGUAGAGAAUACACUUGAUGGAAUAAGGGCUAGACCAGAGCUGUACCCUCAGACCUCUAAGAAAGUCCCUGAUGUCAACUUCUACUACAGGUCCUUGGAAGCGACCUCAUCUUGUGAAUCAGGUCGGAGUGCAGUGGUGACACUUCGCUGUAACCCAGAGAAAAGCACUAAAGGAGAACUUUCAGUCCCCAGUCAGUGUCCUGCAGGAACAUGUGACGGCUGCACUUUUCAUUUCUUGUGGGAGAGCUCAGGCGCUUGUCCCACAUGCACAGAGAGAGACUACCAUCAGAUAGAGGGGGCCUGCAAGGGAGGACACCAGGACCUGUUGUAUGUGUGGACUGAACCGAAGCUGUGCAUGGGAGGUGUGACCUUGCCUGAAAAGAAAAUGUUGCCAUGUGAGGGUAUGGAGUUCUGGAUACGGCUCGGUGCAGGGCUGGGAGCCUUCACUGCAGUGCUGCUUGUCUCCCUCACCUGCUAUUUCUGGAAGAAGAACAAACGGUUGGAGUAUAAGUACUCCCGGUUGGUGAUGUCUGCCAAUAAGGAGUGUGAGAUGCCAGGAGCUGACAGCUGUGCUGUGAUGGAGGGAGAGAACGAGGGAGACAUGGAGGAUGAAGUUGUCUACACAAAACCUUCUCUCCUUGGCAAACUCAAAGCCAUAGCAUCCAAGGGAAACGGUGAGAAGUAUGAAAAUGUGCAGCUAAACUCAUCUCAUUCGAAAGCAUUGGUGUGGAGCUAGGAUAGUGGUAAAGUGAGUGGAAUAGAGGGGUAAGACCAGACCCUCAAGAGACUUUCCACUGAUGGACCACUUUAAUAAACCACCUCCUUUAUGAGCUUUGGUUCCUGGAAUACCAACCGUGUGUACAUAUACACACAUACACACAUUAGGCACCUAGAGCCAGGUUCAGAGAAGUCACACUGAUAUGCUGGCUUUAAAGCUUGGUACGACAGAGCCGUCCAACUCGAAACAUAGUACUGUGAAGCAGGUGUGUGUGAUAGACACUUUCUGGUAAUAUUCUGAUUCAAACUGAUGUCAGAAGGGCUGUUAGGAGAGCUCAGGGUAAGACCAGGACCUGUUUGAGAUGUUCUGUUUAUAUUUAUUUCGGUCUGUGUAGUGUAUAAUAUUUCUUUAGACAGCAAUUUUGCCAUCAGGAUUGCCAGGGUUAGUGUGUGUGUGCGCGCAUCUUCCAUAGACAUUUGCACAGACUGAUAUAUUUUGGCCAAUAAAAGCCUAUAUCCUCUCAAUUGUUUAUUAUUUUGCUUUGUUGAACUGCAUUGAGAUCUGCUGUUCAAUUGAAAAUGGAGAUGUCAUAAUAUGCGGAUGAGGUUGUGGUGUUGACUGUCAAUGUGCAUCAAAUAAAUGAUGAUGUAUUUGUGUA